GAUUCCAUGAAUGCCUUGGUCCUGGAUCUGGACUACCCGGCUCUACGGAAAAACAAAAACAUAGAUGCCUUCUUAAACAGAUGUAAGAUAGAAUUGCUUUAAGGCAGACCUUGGUAAUAAGAUGCUUUGCAUUAUCUAAGGUAGCAAGAAAGAGGGAGAUUGCAAAAGCAAGCCAGCACGAUGGAUGCGUUGCUAUGGUGAUUUCAGAAACAGUGCAAAUCAACAUCCAGUAGAAAACAACGCUACGGCAAAAGUAAAAAUAUUUGAACACUGGUGGCAAGUCCCAUCUACCGUGGCGGCUGACGGCAUUCACCGCCAGGCUCAACAGCAUUUACCUUCGUGCUCUCAUUGAAAACAAUGACAUCCGGUUUGCCGUCUACCUCGUACCAUCUACACGCAGCUGAAGCAUGGAGAUAUCCAGAGCACAUAAAUGUAGCUAUAUGAAUUGGGACUGGUAAACUGAAGUGGUACAGAGUUAGCUCUCAGUUGACUUCAUAUCUCCUUAAUUCCCGGCUACUUUCAACAUCGUAAUCCAUUGUCAUCCUUAGGGUGCAUUUGUAAAUUCACUCUGGUGUGUCAGUGCGCUCUGGGCCAUUCAUAAUUCAGAGUGUUGUCAGAUAGUCCUUGUUCAGAGCGCACACUGGACGCUCUGGCUGAGGCGUAGGGUUUAUCCAAGCAUUCUGACCUCACAACAGCAGUCAAGGACCCAAGCUAACUGGCUAAAGUUGCUUAGCUUGCUAGCUACUUUCAGACACAAAUCGAGAGCUUGGGACUAUAAGGGUCAUCUGCAUUUUUGUGAAAAUGUAAUAAUUGACAUAGCCUUGUUCUGUAUUAAUGUUCUCUUCUCAAACGAUAUACUACCCCCCCCGCCCCCUUUAAGGUGUCUAAAGCGUUCCACAGGGAUGCUGGCCCAUGUUGACUCCAAUGAUUCCCACAGUUAUGUCUAGUUGGCUGGAUGUCCUUUAAAAUAAAUAAAUUGGUCAUUUAGCAGACGCUCUUAUCCAGAGCGACUUACAGGAGCAAUUAGGGUUAAGUGCCUUGCUCAAGGGCACAUCGACAGAUUUUUCACCUAGUCGGCUUGGGGAUUAGAACCAGCGACCUUUCGGUUACUGGUACAAUGCUCUUAACCACUAAGCUACCUGCCGACCCCAGAGGCUUUGGGUGGUGGACCAUUCUUGAUACACACUGGAAACUGUUGAGUGUGAAAAACCCAGCAACGUUGCAGUACUUGACACAAACCGGUGUGCCUGGCACCUAUUACCAUACCCUGUUCAAAGGCUCUUUUGUCAUGCCCAUUCAUCCAAGUUUCAAUUGUCUCAAGGCUUAAAAAUCCUUCUUUAACCUGUCUCCUCCCCUUCAUCUACACUGAUUUUAAAGGGGGUUCAAUAAGGGAUCAUAGCUUUCAUCCGGAUUCACCUGGUCAGUCUAUGUCAUGGAAAGAUCAGGUAUCCUUAAUGUUUUGUACACUCAGUGUAGUCCAAAGCUAUCGUAAUGAGAGAAGAACAUAUUCUGAUCAUUUUACUCACCCUAUCAGAGCUGGUUAGACUGUUUUCAUGUUAUUAGGAGGUUUAGUGACUGUAACCGUGCUACUGGCAACAAUUUCAUUCCGUUUUUUAGCCAACGUUUACCAACACCUGUCAUAACAGAGUUUAGUGCAUUCGUAAAUUGAUCAAUUAUUCUGCACUCUGGUGCACUGUCAAACCAGAGUGCUCUGAAAUUGGAUUGUUUUGCCUGUGUGAAUGUACAAACUCACCCUUAGUUACGGGUUUAUAACAAUUAACUACAGUUUCUGUAUCAACCCUGCCUUGCAAUAUUUCAUAUAAUAAUAAUAAUAAUAAUAAUAAUAAUAAUAAUAAUAAUAAUAAUAAUAAUAAUAAUAAUAAUAAUAUGCCAUUUAGCAGACGCUUUUAUCCAAAGCGACUUACAAUCAUGCGUGCAUAUAUUUUUACGUAUGGGUGGUCCCGGGGAUCGAACCCACUACCCUGGCGUUACAAGCGCCAUGCUCUACCAAUUGAGUUACAGAGGACCACUAUAUAAUAACCAGUAUGAAACCCGACCCAUAACAUAUAGUAUCACCCUUACUGUAGCAAUUAGUGAUACAACACAGGUAGACGAGCAACUUAAUGUAAAGUGUUACCAACCUUCUUCCCUCUCACUAGCCUGGACUCGCUCUGGAGAAGAGCGUCUGCUAAAUGACUAAAAUGUAACAACUGCACAUUUUAAAUUUAUACAUUUGAUUAUUAUUAUUAUUAUUAUUAUAUUUUUUAUAUUAAAUAUUUAACCUCUGUGAGGCCCUUGCUGACCUGUCCUUUGAACACAACCAUUUGUGUGGGCCUCUGUUGCCAUGGUAAUCCAUGUGACCUCUGACCUCUGUCUGUCCUGCAGAUGAGAAGGCCAUGGUUAAGAUGCGGGAUCUGCAGUUGAAGCUGGAGGACUUUGACAGGGUCAAGAUGAUCGGCAGAGGAGCCUAUGGAGAGGUGCAGCUGGUGAGAAACUCCCUCUGUGUGUACUUGUGUUUGCACCGCAAAGAUACAAUGAUAUAUAAACAGAUUGAGAACAUUUACAUUCCUUGCUGCCCGUGUGAGUGCUUGCGUCCGUGUCUUCCUCUUCCAGGUGCCUGCCUGUCUGUACUUUUUCCCUCUGUGUAUUUUUCAGCUUCUGUGUACCUUGUAAUAGAGGCAUGUUUAGACAGGUCCAGUGUGUGUGUGUGUGUGUGUGUGGGGGGGGGAGGGAAAGAUUCAUUUUGUUUUUGAAGUUGCGUGAAGAGGGGGGGCUGGGGGAUCUGCGUGUACAUGUUGUUCUGUGGGUGUGUCUUAUUAUGUUUUUGUGUGUGUUGUCAUGUAGUUUGCAGGAUGUUAUGUUAUCAAGGGCCUUCAAUGGCAUUAUCUGCAACUUUGUGUCACGGUUAAAGUGACAUUGUAUCUUGUGUCUAUUGGUGACUGUUUUAUGUUAUACAUUUGUUUUUAUACUGCCUUCUUUUGACGGUUUCCCUCGUGAAAGAGAUCUUAGAUCUCAGUAGCGUCUACUACUUGUAUAAAUAAAGUGUGUUUCCCUCGUGAAAGAGAUCUUAGAUCUCAGUAGCGUCUACUACUUGUAUAAAUAAAGUGUGUUUCCCUCGUGAAAGAGAUCUUAGAUCUCAGUAGCAUCUACUACUUGUAUAAAUAAAGUGUGUUUCCCUCGUGAAAGAGAUCUUAGAUCUCAGUAGCGUCUACUACUAAAGUGUGUGUAGCCGCAUGUAUGUGUGGGGCCGCGUGUGUAAUCUUAUACCUCAUCAUGUAACUCCCCUCCUCCAGGUUCGUCACAAGGCGUCUCAGAAGGUGUACGCUAUGAAACAGCUCAGCAAGUUUGAGAUGCUCAAACGCUCGGACUCCGCCUUCUUCUGGGAGGAGAGAGACAUCAUGGCCUUCUCCAACAGCCCCUGGGUUGUCCAGGUGAGAGGGAGGGAGAGGGUGAAAGACACACACACGUACAGUACACACUCCUCCCACGUACUCUAAAUGUCAAUCAAUGUAGGCUGUUAUUGUUGUGAUAUCCCAUCUAUCUGUUUUCCAGCUGUGCUGUGCUUUCCAAGACGACCGCCACCUCUACAUGGUCAUGGAGUAUAUGCCCGGUGGCGACCUGGUCACCCUGACCAUGAACUACGACAUGCCAGAGAAGUGGGCCCGUUUCUACACUGCCGAGGUGGUGCUGGCUCUAGAUGCCAUCCACUCUAUGGGUUUCAUCCACCGCGAUGUGAAACCGGACAACAUACUACUGGACCAAAAUGGCCACCUCAAGCUGGCUGACUUUGGCACCUGCAUGAAGAUGGACUCUGUGAGUUUUGAUGCAGGGGAGCUGGAGAAUUGGCCUGGGUCUAGGGCAAUGCUUCCCAAUCCUGGUCCUGGGGACCCAAAGGGGUGCGCAUUUAGUUUUUUUCCCUAGCACUAACACACCUGAUUCAAGAAUCAACUCGUUAUCAAGUCUUCACUUGAAUCAGGUGUGUUAGUUCUAAGGCAAAAACACAAAUGUGCAGCCUUUCGGGUCUCCAGGACCAGGAUUGGGAAGCUCUGAUCCAGGACCUAGACUGGGCAGGGGGGGGUUUGCUGAGUGAGACUCCAUCCUAACCCUAAAUGGUAUUGUUAUGGUAAUUAUCUCAAACACCAAACUCAAGCCCUAGACCUUACUUUUUUCAGCUUUUGUCUGUAACUUAAUUCUAAAAUUAGCUAAUUUUAGACUAUUUCCAAGGCAAUUAACUGUCUACUGCUAAAAUCUGGUUUUGGGGGAAUUUCACUGCUCCAGUGCACCACCAUGUGGUGAGACUUUGAAUUGUUUAGUUUCAAUUUCCCCGUAGAAAUUCCAUCAGGUUAAUUUGCUGAAUCAUGUCUUACAUUUACAUUUUACAUUUUCAUCAUUUAGCAGACGCUUUUAUCCAGAGAGACUUACAAAUUGGUGCGUUCACCUUAUGAUAGCCAGUGGGACAACCACUUUACUAUAUAUAUAUAUAUAAUGUUUUUUUUUUUAUAUAUAUAUUUUUUGUUAUUUUUUUUUUGGUUGAAGGAUUACUUUAUCCUAUCCCAGGUAUUCCUUAAAGAGGUGUUACAGGACAGGUAAGGUGUGGCAAAAAGCUCUUGGACAAAUUUUAUGGGCCAGUUUCCCAGACACAGAUUAGGCGUAGUCCUAGACAAAAAAAUUAUGUUGAAUGUAGAGUCACCAUUGAAAGUGCUUCUUAUUCCAGGACUAGGCUUAAUCUGUGACACCGGCACAAUAUGUUUCACUGUUUAGGUUACCUGCUUUAACUAUGUCUUCAUCUCUGUCUGGCUGUCUCCCCACUUGCCUCUCCGUGUGUCCGUGUCUCUCAUUCCAGACGGGCAUGGUCCACUGCGACACAGCGGUGGGGACACCGGACUACAUCGCCCCCGAGGUGCUCAAGUCCCAGGGGGGGGACGGCUACUACGGACGCGAGUGUGACUGGUGGUCCGUGGGGGUCUUCAUCUUUGAGAUGCUGGUCGGUGAGUGAGUUUGUCUGAUCCUGAAUAAGAAUGGUGUUGAGGAUCUCAAUCUGACUGUUGACCUGCUAAAGUUAAUUCGCUUAGUUCUGUCAUUUGGAUUGCCGUUAAGCUACUAUAUCAAAGAUGGUUUGAUUAACCACGCUCGGGUGAUAUGUAACCUUGCCUGAGACCUCAAGACUUGUGUUAGCUUAGCGGGCUAAAAGUCUUGUGGCAUGCAGUACACCUAGGUUUAAACCCAGUUGGUCACACUACUAGGCUAUUCGUGUUUAUUGAAGCCAGUUUAACCUCCCCUGUAAAGCCUAACAUAAACCCAAACCCUGUUAUUAAAAUUUCACCUCUCUUUUUAGGCGACACCCCAUUUUAUGCCGAGUCACUAGUGGGAACUUACGGGAAGAUCAUGGAUCACAAGAAUAACCUCCACUUCCCUGAUGAUGUGCAGAUGUCCAACGAUGCCAAGGACCUCAUCUGUGCCUUCCUGUCUGACAGGUACAGUAUGUUUAUAUGUUAUAUUUGAAGUUCUUCAAAUAGCCACCCUUUGCCUUGAUGACAGCUUUGCACACUCUUGGCAUUCUCUCAACCAGCUUCACCUGGAAUGCUUUUCCAACAGUCUUGAAGGAGUUCCCACAUAUGCUGAGCACUUGUUGGCUGCUUUUCCUUCACUCUACGGUCCGACUCAUCCCAAACCAUCUCAAUUUGGUUGAGGUCGGGGGGAUUGUGGAGGCCAGGUCAUCUUAUGCAGCACUCCAUCACUCUCCUUCUUGGUAAAAUAGCCCUUACACAGCCUGGAGGUGUGUUGGGUCAUUGUCCUGUUGAAAAACAAAUGACAGUCCCACUAAGCCCAAACCAGAUGGGAUGGUGUAUCACUGCAGAUGCAGUGGUAGCCAUGCUGGUUAAGUGUGCCUUGAAUUCUAAAUAAAUCACAGACAGUGUCACCAGCAAAGCACCCCCACACCAUAACACUUCCUCCUCCAUGUUUUACGGUGGGAAAUAAACAUGCAGAGAUCAUCCGUUCACCCACACAGCGUCUCACAAAGACACGGCAGUUGGAACCAAAAAACCUCAAAUUUGGACUCCAGACCAAAGGACACAUUUCCACUGGUCUAAUGUCCAUUGCUCGUGUUUCUUGGCCCAAGCAAGUCUCUUCUUCUUAUUGGUGUCCUUUAGUCGUGGUUUCUUUGCAGCAAUUCGACCAUUAAGGCCUGAUUCACAUAGUCCCCUCUGAACAGUUGAUGUUGAGAUGUGUCUGUUACUUGAACUCUGUGAAGCAUUUAUUUUGGCUGCAAUUUCUGAGGCUGGUAACUCUAAUUAACUUAUCCUCUGCAGCAGAGGUAACUCUGGGUCUUCCAUUCUUGUGGCGGUCCUCAUGAGAGCCAGUGUCAUCAUAGCGCUUGAUGGUUUUUGCGACUGCACUUGAAGAAACUUUCAAAGUUCUUGAAAUUUUCUGUAUUGACUGACCUUAAAGUAUUAUUGCCAUAAUGUGGACUUGGUCUUUUACCAAAUAGGGCUAUCUGCUGUAUACCCCUCCCUACCUUGUCACAACACAACUGAUUGGCUCAAACGCAUUAAGAAGGAAAGAAAUUCCACAAAUUAACUUUUAAAUUGAAUUGAAAUGCAUUCCAGGUGACUACCUCAUGAAGCUUGUUGAGAGAAUGCCAAGAGUGUGCAAAGCUGUCAUCAAGGCAAAGGGUGGCUAUUUGAAGAAUAUCAAAUCUAAAAUAUAUUUUGAUUUGUUUAACACUUUUUUGGUUACUGCAUGAUUCCAUAUGUGUUAUUUCAUAGUUUUGAUGUCUUCACUAUUAUUCUACAAUGUAGAAAAUAGUAAAAAUAAAGGAAAACCCUUGAAUGAGUAGGUGUUCUAAAACUUUUGACCGGUAGUGUAUGUGGGAGAAAAGCUGUCCCGCUUUAAACGAAAGUUGCUUAACGAAACCUUCAUAGUCCCUUAAUAAGACCUAUAUGCUUCAGGAAUCUUUAGCUUGAGCUAAUGUCAUGCCACAUAAAGGGAGGAAACCUUUUGGCAGAGCACCAGACUUAAAGUUAUGUAUUAUGAAUUUGCUUAUAAAUGAUUUGUGAAGUAUCAAUGUAGUGCUUAUGAACACUAUAAAUACUGUUAUUAAGCCUUGAACAACAAACAAGGUUGUUCUUGGUUUAAACUGGGACCAGAAAAGUUAAGAAGAAGUUUGAAAAGAUGGGAAUGAAACCUGAGUGAGUGAUUCUUUGAUAAAUGUCUAUUAGAUACUUAGCAUCACAGAAGUAGUAGUAGUUGAUGGGAGUAGAGGUUAUUAAGAGGUGGGACGUCAGAGGUAUAGUAGACGUCAAACACUAGCCCUUUCUGCCUUCUACUCCCCUUCCUCUCUGCUUAUUUUCUCUCUCACUCACUCUGCAGUCUCUCACUCACUCUCUCUCACACACACUCUCUCACGCAUGCACAUACACGCACUGAGAUGCACACACGAACACCCACACACACCCAUACACACACACACACUCCCUACACACACCAAGGUUAUUAUAGUAAACGAAAACUGAAAAUAAAAUAAAAAAACAAUUUAGUAAACUGAAAUAAAAAUAGAGAAAACAUUUGUAAAACUGAACUGAAACUAUUAUAUUUCACUGCAAAAUGACCUAAAAUAAAAACCAUCAUAAAAUAUUUAUUUUUUGUUUUUUUCUUCUAAACUUUGGGCAAAAAUCGAAUUGGGUUUUAAAGCUUUUUUUUUCUAAUGGGGUUUUCAAACUCUGGCAUGUAAAUGCUGACAGUAGAUGGCGAUGUUUCAAAUAUACCUAGCUUGUGCGUCACUAUCACUAGCUAUCAUUAUCUAACAGGGAAGAAAUUCUAGGGCGAGCACGGCCUGGACUGGGCCAAGCUAGAACAGUUGCUGGAGCCGUUCGCAAUCCACACCGACCAACUUCAAGCUGACAGCCAGUCGCUGUCUAAUGUGGUGCCGUGCCUUCUCAACCUAUCCACACCGACCAACUUCAAGCUGACAGCCAGUCGCUGUCUAAUGUGGUGCCGUGCCUUCUCAACCAAUCCACACCGACCAACUUCAAGCUGACAGCCAGUCGCUGUCUAAUGUGGUGCCGUGCCUUCUCAACCAAUCCACACCGACCAACUUCAAGCUGACAGCCAGUCGCUGUCUAAUGUGGUGCCGUGCCUUCUCAACCAAUCCACACCGACCAACUUCAAGCUGACAGCCAGUCGCUGUCUAAUGUGGUGCCGUGCCUUCUCAACCAAUCCACACCGACCAACUUCAAGCUGACAGCCAGUCGCUGUCUAAUGUGGUGCCGUGCCUUCUCAACCAAUCCACACCGACCAACUUCAAGCUGACAGCCAGUCGCUGUCUAAUGUGGUGCCGUGCCUUCUCAACCAAUCCACACCGACCAACUUCAAGCUGACAGCCAGUCGCUGUCUAAUGUGGUGCCGUGCCUUCUCAACCAAUCCACACCGACCAACUUCAAGCUGACAGCCAGUCGCUGUCUAAUGUGGUGCCGUGCCUUCUCAACCUAUCCACACCGACCAACUUCAAGCUGACAGCCAGUCGCUGUCUACAGUCGCUGUCUAAUGUGGUGCCGUGCCUUCUCAACCUAUCCACACCGACCAACUUCAAGCUGACAGCCAGUCGCUGUCUAAUGUGGUGCCGUGCCUUCUCAACCUAUCCACACCGACCAACUUCAAGCUGACAGCCAGUCGCUGUCUAAUGUGGUGCCGUGCCUUCUCAACCAAUCCACACCGACCAACUUCAAGCUGACAGCCAGUCGCUGUCUAAUGUGGUGCCGUGCCUUCUCAACCAAUCCACACCGACCAACUUCAAGCUGACAGCCAGUCGCUGUCUAAUGUGGUGCCGUGCCUUCUCAACCUAUCCACACCGACCAACUUCAAGCUGACAGCCAGUCGCUGUCUAAUGUGGUGCCGUGCCUUCUCAACCUAUCCACACCGACCAACUUCAAGCUGACAGCCAGUCGCUGUCUAAUGUGGUGCCGUGCCUUCUCAACCAAUCCACACCGACCAACUUCAAGCUGACAGCCAGUCGCUGUCUAAUGUGGUGCCGUGCCUUCUCAACCUAUCCACACCGACCAACUUCAAGCUGACAGCCAGUCGCUGUCUAAUGUGGUGCCGUGCCUUCUCAACCUAUCCACACCGACCAACUUCAAGCUGACAGCCAGUCGCUGUCUAAUGUGGUGCCGUACCUUCUCAACCUAUCCACACCGACCAACUUCAAGCUGACAGCCAGUCGCUGUCUAAUGUGGUGCCGUGCCUUCUCAACCAAUCCACACCGACCAACUUCAAGCUGACAGCCAGUCGCUGUCUAAUGUGGUGCCGUGCCUUCUCAACCAAUCCACACCGACCAACUUCAAGCUGACAGCCAGUCGCUGUCUAAUGUGGUGCCGUGCCUUCUCAACCUAUCCACACCGACCAACUUCAAGCUGACAGCCAGUCGCUGUCUAAUGUGCUGCCGUGCCUUCUCAACCAAUCCACACCGACCAACUUCAAGCUGACAGCCAGUCGAUGUCUAAUGUGGUGCCGUGCCUUCUCAACCAAUCCACACCGACCAACUUCAAGCUGACAGCCAGUCGCUGUCUAAUGUGGUGCCGUGCCUUCUCAACCUAUCCACACCGACCAACUUCAAGCUGACAGCCAAUCGCUGUCUAAUGUGGUGCCGUGCCUUCUCAACCUAUCCACACCGACCAACUUCAAGCUGACAGCCAGUCGCUGUCUGAUGUGGUGCCGUGCCUUCUCAACCUUGACACUUGCAGUCAACUACUGUUGCAAAACAGUUGACACAGGUCCUCCUGAAGUCACUGCGUGAGCGCUUCGCAUGCAUACUGAAUCCUCUGGCAGCCAACUUCGAUCCAACCCCUGCAGCAGGUUGCCUGAUUUGAGAUGGAGCCACUGAUGAGGGAAGCAGUCUUUUGUACUUCAGCAACCAGAGAGUACAGCCGUGGAGAAGCAGGAUCCCUGCAAGGUGCCAGCACGUUGAAUCCAGCAACCAUCUCGCCCACAGUUCUUCAAAAAUAUAGCUUCCUCACAUUGAAGAUUGUGUCUGAGGUCACUGUCCAGCCGCAGGGUGAACCUGGCAGGGCAUUAAGUGCCCUGUGUGAGCUGUGAAGGGGGGCAUGUUUACAGAGUCACCUCUCCAGUUCUGGCAGGCAAGGAUGGCUGUUUAUCCAAAGCUGUGUCCUGUGGCACUGGAUCUGGUGUCUGCCCCUGCAUCCCAAGCGUUCAUGGAGAGAAUAUUCAGCUUGUCAUCAGGCUUGAGAAACCGAACGACCACCUCCUCUGGAAUGCAGAGGUUUUUUGAAGAUAAACCAGACAAUCUAGUUUGGUUGAACAGAAACACACACACACACUGGCUGGCUGUGAACUGAUAUAUUUGUGAAGAAGUGUUUUAUUACUUAUGUUUUAGCUGUUGUUGUAGAUGGUUUUUAUUAACCCUAUUUGAAGGGGGUAGUCAGUGAUGCAUGUUUAAUAUUACAUAAACAUAACAUGUCAAAUGUGCUAUAACUUCAUUUGUUGUUUUUCCUCUCUCUUUCUGUCAGAUAAAGGUAAAGGUACUUGAUUCUUCUUACAUCUACUACUAAAGUUUUAAAAAGCAUUGGAUUGAUGUAAACAUGGUUGAGAGUUUCCUUCCACCAUAUUUCUUCCACCAGUCUCUUAUCCUUUAAGUCACAUUAGGAAUGUUUUAUAAUUUAAACCUAACCAAACCUAUGUGCUGGCCAUGGGGUUGUAUGGAGUCCUCUAGUGGCCAAAAGCCUGUGUUAGCAUGGGCAGCACCAUUGAGGCCUUUCGCCAUUUUGAUUUAGUCAACUGGGCAGGACUUCGAACUUCAUUGGCUGAUGCCUCCUGAUAACCCGGUUGGCGUCGUGACAGCUGGGUCAUCAGGAGGGAUCAGCCAAUACAUUUUACCUGUGAAGAAAAUAUACUAUUUCCAAGAUGGAGAGGGCCUUAAUGGGGCUGCCCAGGCUCGCACAGACACCAUCAUGACACUGAUACAGAGAUGUUAUGUCUAUCCAAGUCUAUGGUCCUGGCCCAUCACCUUAUGUAUUACUGCCCCCCAGUGGCAAGAAGUGACACUGGGGGGCAUCAGUCAGUAAGGACUUGGUCCCUUCCCAUCUCUCUACUCACCAACUAACUCACUCAGUCCGUAAGGACUUGGUCCCUUCCCAUCUCUCUACUCACCAACUAACUCACUCAGUCAGUAAGGACUUGGUCCCUUCCCAUCUCUCACUCACCAACUAACUCACUCAGUCCGUAAGGACUUGGUCCCUUCCCAUCUCUCACUCACCAGCUAACUCACUCAGUCCGUAAGGACUUGGUCCCUUCCCAUCUCUCACUCACCAGCUAACUCACUCAGUCCGUAAGGACUUGGUCCCUUCCCAUCUCUCACUCACCAGCUAACUCACUCAGUCCGUAAGGACUUGGUCCCUUCCCAUCUCUCACUCACCAGCUAACUCACUCAGUCCGUAAGGACUUGGUCCCUUCCCAUCUCUCACUCACCAGCUAACUCACUCAGUCAGUAAGGACUUGGUCCCUUCCCAUCUCUCACUCACCAGCUGACUCACUCAGUCCGUAAGGACUUGGUCCCUUCCCAUCUCUCUACUCACCAACUAACUCACUCAGUCCGUAAGGACUUGGUCCCUUCCCAUCUCUCACUCACCAGCUAACUCACUCAGUCAGUAAGGACUUGGUCCCUUCCCAUCUCUCACUCACCAACUAACUCACUCAGUCAGUCAGUAAGGACUUGGUUCCUUCCCAUCUCUCACUCACCAGCUAACUCACUCAGUCAGUAAGGACUUGGUCCCUUCCCAUCUCUCACUCACCAGCUAACUCACUCAGUCAGUAAGGACUUGGUCCCUUCCCAUCUCUCUAUUCUGUCCCCAUUUCUAUUUUCUCUCUCUAUUUGGCAGUUGGCCCUCUCUUGGUGUUUUGGUAUGCUCGCUCUCUCUUUCUCUCCUGUCUCUCUUUCUCUUCUCUCCAUAUUUCUCUUUCUGUAUUACCCUAUAUCUCUUUCAUGCUCACUCUCGCCUCAGUAUUCUGGGCUUCGGGACAUGCUCUGUGUGUCUGCCAUGGUCUCUCCCAUCAUGUUUUGUAGUGGGGCAGAAACACACCCCUCCCUUGCUCCAUUCCUCUUGGCUGAGUCUGGAAUGUCCCACAUGUGGCAGCCCAAACUGCCGCACCCCUACAGCCCUGCGGCAGAGGAGGCGGGAGGCCAGAGGGGAACAGGGAGGGAGGGAAGUGCAGCAGUAGAGAUAGUGGUGUGCCAGUAGUGUUGUUGACUAGUCUGCUCCCUACUUUGCUAUAUUCUAUAUUCUCUCCAUAUCACUACUCUUACUGGCUGCACUUACUCUGGUCCUACUGACCGUUACUGACCGCUGCAGUGGUCGUGAGGCGGUCCAGCCUGGUCAAUCAGUGGACUGUGGUCAGUGCCUAGUGGGCUAGUGGUCGCUCCAGCUGUGUUGAGGAAAGUGGCGCUUUGUGUUCAGGUUGCUGUCGAAUUUGCACGUUUGAGUGAGUGACCGCUCUCUGACCGCUCCGUCCCAUUGGCUAUGUACAGGGAGGUGCGUCUGGGGAGGAACGGCGUGGAGGAGAUCAAGAGACACCCCUUCUUCACCAACGACCAGUGGACCUUCGACACCAUCCGAGAGAGUAAGUGUGUGUGUGUGUUUGUUCAGUCAAGCCAUGUGCGUAUUUGUGCGUGUAUGUCUUCAGUCAUACAGUGUGUGUGGUUAUUUGUGUGUGUGUUCAGUCGUGUGUGUGUGUGUGUGUGUGUGUGUGUGUGUGCAUGUUGUCUGUGUGCCUGUCUAUCUGCCCCUCUCUCUCUCUCUCUGACUCCUUCCCAAUCUGUCUCUCCAUCACCCAACUUGUUAUUGUCAUGACUUCACACUACAGUUCAUUCCCAUGUAGGGAGUCUGAAGCAUUGGGCUCUACUCUAUCUGUGGUCUAUCAGCAGAGACUGAGCAGAACAGUCACAUGUCUAUCAUCAGCACUGCAGCACAACCCUGCAUGGCCAUAGGCCGUAUGUACAGUAUCAAUCGUCUCAGAGUAGGAAUAAUGAUCUAGGAUCAGGUCCUUCCUGCUGUCCAUUUUAUUUGAUUAAUUGUGAUCUAAAAGGCUAAACAGAUCCUAGAUCAGCACUCCCGCUCUUGAUGCAUACUGAACUAUUACUAAUCGUUCAUUAAAGCAUACUACACUGUGCAAUGCUGUACAGACGUUCAUGCUUGGUGAGUAGUAUGUACUUGUCACAGAGAGAGAUCGCACACAUGGGCUCCUCAAUCCUUCCAUCCUCACUGAGUUUGAUAUCAUGUGACAGAAAUCUACUGAAAGUGUUAUGGUGGGAUCGCACACACACACACACACACACACACACACACACACACACACACCACACACACAAACACCGAGAGAGAAAUGUUGGAAAAGCUGCUUGCAGUUAUCCAGUACCGCCAGAUCAAACAAGUCACUAAGGAAGGAAGGUAAUAAGGAAGGAAGGGAAUAAGGAAGGAAGGGAAUAAGGAAGGAAGGGAAUAAGGUAGGGGUCAUAGCUGUGCACUUACACACUCCCCACCAUGGAUUUAAAAGCGUAGGAUUGGUGUUAGCAUUGGCUGGGGGAAGUUUCCACCAUUGCCAAAUCAAUGGGAGAAAGUCUGCAAGUGGAUAAGGAUGGAGAAUCGGAAGGCAGUCUCACUCUCUCAAGUCUGCUCAUUAGCUAGCAGGCUAAAGCGGCCCCAUUUCUGACUGUUGCCUGAAAUAAAGCUGUAAAACUCUCGGAUGUGGGAGACUGGGGCUGCGUCUCAAAUGGCACUCUAUUCCCUACAUAGUGCACUACCCUAUGGGCCCUGGUCAAAAGUAGUGCCCUAUAUAGGGAAUGGAGUGCCAUUUGGGACGCAGCCUGGGUGCUAGCAAGCAUGAUGGAGCAAGGGAAAGAGGGAGGGGGGUGGAGGUAGCCCCCCCUAGGUUCUGGCAGGGCUGGGUUGAAGUAAUGAGAGGGGGCGCCCCAGAACCGCUGCACCAGGCCCCAGAUCAGAUUCGAGGGCGGUCGCUCCCUCCUCUCUCCACUCUCACUGUGGCCACAGCUGCCUGUCAUUAGCCUACCCGCUAUCAGGGAGCAUGCUGGGAAAGCCGCGUCGCAAUUGGCCUCCACGGUGCCGGGACCGUGUCUCUCUCUCUCCAGUCUCACCGCACAGCUCUUGCUUUUCGCUUUUUCUUUAAUUCCCUCUCUUUUAUUGCUCCCUCUCUCAUUUCUCUGUCUCUCUCUCCUGUCUUUCAUUCGUCCACCAUCUCUUGAUCUCUCCCUACUGAGGGUUCUGUCUUGACUUGGUUCUCUUUGCCUGGAGCCAGAAUGGAUCCUGUUGAAGAAAUAAGAUCCAACAUGGCCGCUUAGUUUCCUAGCCAUCAGUGACAUCUUUUUAGGUUGUCGAGCAACUGGGCUCUGCUCGGCUCAGCUUUCGCCUCCUGGCCCCUUGACACAUUUCUGUCUGGCUACUGUACAGCCGGAGGCCUUUAAAAGAGCAGAAGAAGGGGAGUUGGUUCUUUCUCUCCCAGAGUGUUUAGGCUGGGUGUGUGAAAGGCAACAGUGUGUGUUGGGGCACAAAGCGGUACUGUAGGGGGAGAGAGGAGUGGUGGGUCUGGUGUCCGCCCCACGCCAGCUCGCUCGCUCCUACUGCUUGUGCCCAGGGUGGCUCGGUGUACCACACACACACACACACACACACACACACAGACUACACACACUUAGAACAUCACAGUAUAGUGAAAAAAUCAUCUCUGAUUGAGAAUCGGAGGAGCCGACGGUUAUCUCUGUGUUAGUGUCUCUUGAUUGAGACCAGUUUUUGCACUAAGCCGAGUUGGUUGAUUUUAGACAUCUUUUAACCAACUAUGUAUCCUUCCUCUGCCCAAACCCACACUAUUUCCACCCCUUCCUGUUCUCUCUCUCGCUCUCUCACACACACACUCUUUGCUUCUUUCUGACUGCAUCUCUCUCUCUCUCUCUCUGCCUCUCUCCUCCCUCUCUGCCCCCAUCGUCCCCUCUCUGCCUCCCUCUCUCUCUCUCUCUCUCUCUCUCUCUCACACUCUCUGCCUGUCCCUCCUUCAGCCGUGGCCCCAGUAGUGCCGGAGUUGAGCAGUGACAUAGACACCAGUAACUUUGAGGAGAUUGAGGAUGAAAAAGGUGACGUGGAGACCUUCCCCACACCAAGGGCCUUUGUGGGCAACCAGCUGCCAUUCGUGGGUUUCACCUACUUCAAAGACGACCAGUAAGGCUGAUUGGUUUCUAUCUAUUCUAAGAGUUCAGUUUUCCAUCUAUACAGUGUCUGUAUAUAGUUAUGUUAUUGUUAUAUUUAGCUUCAGCAAGCUAGCCAAUUAUCCAGGAAUCUGGUUUGGUUUACUACAUUCUAAAUUGGAAUGAAUUUGAAUCUAUGUACUGUAUGUUUUUUAAGGGAGUUUUCUUGUUAGCGAACGGUCUCUGUCUUUAUUCACUAGGGUAUUUGUUUUUGUAAGGCUCUCUGUGCUCUGCAGGAAAUGUGCUUAAGGUCCGCUCUGCCUGUAGCUAGAGAGGGAUGGAGGGUGAGAGAGAGGGAGAGAUUGUGUUUCACACAUGUAGAACUGGAAGACUGUUUUAAGCCAGUUGUACACUGUGCGUCUGUUCCUGCUUUACACUGCCUCCUUGUUCCAAUAGCCCUUCUAGUAAAUCCACUAGGCUCAUGAUAAAAGUCUGAUCUUAUGAUCAUGAUCAGUGAAUGGGGAUUGUAGCGCUGGAGUCUGAAGUGGGUGGGUUCUGGGUUGGGCAGGAUGUGUUAUGGGGUGGGAUGCUGGCAUGGGCACUCAGAGGGCGGGGGAGGUUGGCAUGGCUGGUAGGGCACCUCAGGUAAAGCCAGUUUAAAGACCCACACCCUCUCUCCUACUCUACCAGACUGAUGAGCGGUGUGAAUAAAGUGAUCUCUGUGAAGGAAUCUGAAGACUGUUUGGAUAGGUGUGAGGAAAAACAGGACAGCAUCAAAGGAGAGGUAGGUUGUUGAAUCGUUGCGUAUAUACAUGUGUUUGGGUUUGUUUGCUUGUUUUAAAGCACAGCUGGGAGCAGAGGGGAAGAUGUGUACUCAGAAGGCACAAGACUGACAUUUGAGUCCAAAUGAAAUGCAAUGUAGUAGCUCUCAAGACUAACCAGUACAAUAGAACACUCGUAUAGACAGACAUAAUUCUAAGACAGACAGGUUGAAUAGAACACUCAAUUAUCAGACAGACACAAUAGAACUAUCUAACAGACUAGAACUCUCUGAAAAUAUCCCAUUCUCAGACAGACAAAAUAGACAGACAGACAAAACAACUGUCAGACUGACAGAACUCAGCGCUGUGAUUACCAGACAGAACUGUCAGACUGACAGAACUCAGCGCUGUGUGACUACCGACAGAACUGUCAGACUGACAGAACUCAGCGCUGUGUGAUUAACAGACAGAACUGUCAGACUGACAGAACUCAGCGCUGUGUGAUUAACAGACAGAACUGUCAGACUGACAGAACUCAGCGCUGUGUGACUACCGACAGAACUGUCAGACUGACAGAACUCAGCGCUGUGUGACUACCGACAGAACUGUCAGACUGACAGAACUCAGCGCUGUGUGAUUAACAGACAGAACUGUCAGACUGACAGAACUCAGCGCUGUGUGAUUAACAGACAGAACUGUCAGACUGACAGAACUCAGCGCUGUGUGACUACCGACAGAACUGUCAGACUGACAGAACUCAGCGCUGUGUGAUUACCGACAGAACUGUCAGACAUAUUGAUACCUGAGUGUGCAUCUGUUGAGCUCCAUGUUAGUGUGCAUACUUGUUAACUCUCCUUCCAUGUCUUCUUCAGUCAGAUCAGCUGCAGGAGAAGCUCCAUCAUCUGCAGGAGAAGCUCCAUCAUCUGGAGGAGCAGCUCAAUCAUGAGAUGGAGGCCAAAGACCACCUGGAACACAAGUGCAAGUAGGGCUCACCUCAGAAUACACAUGUGCACACACACACAUACUGCAUGACUGAACACACACACACACACUCACUCACACACACAUGCUCCUCUCUCCCCAGGACUACCACUAGUCGUCUAGAGAAGCUGGUCAAAGAACUGGACGAAGAGGUGAGACUGGGUGAUGUGCAGUAUGUAUAGUUGAUGGUCAGUAAUGUUUUGGCACAUCACACAUGAACCCUUCGCUGUCCAUGUAGAUGAGCAGCAGGCAGAGAGUGGAGUCUUCUCUGAGGCAGCUGGAGAGAGAGAGAGCCCUGCUGCAGUACCAGAGUGCAGAGAACCUCCGCAAGGUGGAGCUGGAGGCGGACAGGAAACGCAGCCUGGAGAACGACCGUAAGCCCACGCUGUGUGACGCAUGCAUAUGGAACCAUAGAAAUAGAAUCAAUUGAACGGAUCUGCCCAUUCAAGGGUUAGAGCAGCGUUUCCCAAACUUGGUCCUCAGGAUCCGAAGGACACAGUUAGAGGUUCCAAGCCCUUUCGAUGGAUUAUAUUUCUAUGUAUGUAACAUUAUCUCAUUAUCUCAACAUUCUGUCAAUGAAACAGUUGUGAAUCCCAACUAGACCCCCAGCCCCUACUCCCUAGCCCCUACUCCCUAGCCCCUACUCUCCAGCCCCUACUCUCCAGCCCCUACUCUCCAGCCCCUACUCUCCAGCCCCUACUCUCCAGCCCCUACUCUCCAGCCCCUACUCUCCAGCCCCUACUCUCCAGCCCCUACUCUCCAGCCCCUACUCUCCAGCCCCUACUCUCCAGCCCCUACUCUCCAGCCCCUACUCUCCAGCCCCUACUCUCCAGCCCCUACUCUCCAGCCCCUACUCUCCAGCCCCUACUCCCUAGCCCCUACUCUCCAGCCCCUACUCUCCAGCCCCUACUCUCCAGCCCCUACUCUCCAGCCCCUACUCUCCAGCCCCUACUCUCCAGCCCCUACUCCCUAGCCCCUACUCCCUAGCCCCUACUCCCUAGCCCCUACUCCCUAGCCCCUACUCCUCUCAGAUCUAUAGUGCCUAGAGUAUAAGGGCUAGGGGUUGAUUUGGAAUUCAGCAAUUAAGUUAGGAUUUUAUCCCUCCACACACUCCAGUUACCUUUACCUUUUCAGGAAGAGUAGCUGCUGCCUUGGGGAUCACAUAAUAAAUACAGAUACCCAAUAUUCUCCUGUCCAUCUAUUUCCUCACCUGUACGCUUUCUCACUCUUACACACCUAUACACUGAUUGACCUGUCCACCUGAUUGUCCUUGUCUAGUGAACAGCCUGCGGGACCAGCUGGAAGAGCUGAAGAGGAGGAACCAGACCUCUCAGAUGUCCAAUGAGAAGAACAUCCAUCUGCAGAGACAGGUGAGGCAGAACAGUCCAUCUCUCUACCUUCUCUGUCACUCUCUCGCUCUCUCUCACUCCGCACUUGAGGCUACAUGUGCCACCAAUUCUGCACUCCUGAAUUGACUAAUAAAGAUAAAACUCCAACCCCCCCCCCCACCCCCAGCUGGAUGAGGCGACAGCGGUGCUGGCAGAGGAGCAGGAGGCGGCGGGGCGGCUACGCAGGAGCCAGGUGGAGGCCCAGAAGCAUUCCCAGGCCCUGGAGCUCAGCCUCAGGGAGCUGGUGGACAAGUGCACCCAGCUGGAGAACGCCAAAAUGGGCCUGGAGCAGCAGCUGAUGGGCCUGCAGGCCGACCUGGAGGCCGAGAGGAGGGACAGCAGUAUGGGGACAGAGACUAUAGUGGACCUGCAGGGUGAGACUUGGUUGUCAAAUGGACAGAGUUUGCACGUUUGUAACCAUUCCAUUGGUUCCAUAUUGACACGAGUGACAAAGGGGUAGGGUUUGCAUUUCAUUGGUUAAAUUGCGCCAGGCAAGCUCAACCAAGCACAGCUAGGACCCAGGUCUGCCUGAGAGUACGUCACUCUUACAGAGGGACUGUGUUUUGGAAACUUUGGGACAUUGGUCAUUGCGUCCAUUCAGUUCAGACGGGACAGUUUGGAACAGGCAAGUAAUUUUGUUUGCUCUGAUGUCUCAUAGUUUUCCCUCUUUCAAAGUCUCCACUUGGGUGGAGUCAGGGGCAACAAGGAAAAUAAACAUUGACAGAUGUUAUUUUUACACAUUAAAGGAGGGAAUGAGUGAAUGAAUGAAUACAGGUAGAUGACGUAAUCUCUCUCCUAGUAUUCUGUGUGAAGCCUUGACUGAACAGGUGUGUGCUCUCCUUAGCUUGGUGCCCUCACAGAUAGCAUGAUGCUGCCCUCACAGAUAGCAUGAUGCUGCCCUCACAGAUAGCAUGAUGCUGCCACCACAGAUAUGUCGGAGCGAUACUAAUGUCUCAAAUCUCUUUUCCACACUCAAUUCAAUUUCAAUUUAAAGGCUUUAUUGGCAUGGGAAACGUAUGUUAACAUUGCCAAAGCAAGUGAAGUAGAUAGUAAACAAAAGUGAAAUAAACAAUAAAUAUUAACAGUAAACAUUACACUCUCUCAUUCUCCAUCUCCGUUUCUCUCACUCUCUGUCUCUCUCCCUGUCUCUCUCCCUGUCUCUCUCCCUGUCUCUCUCCCUGUCUCUCUCCCUGUCUCUCUCCUGCUCUCUCCCUGUCUCUCUCCCUGUCUCUCUCCCUGUCUCUCUCCCUGUCUCUCUCUCUCUCUCUCUCUCCUCUGUCUCUCUGUUGUCUCUCUCUCUCUCUCACUCUGUCCUCUGUCUCUCCCUCUCUCUGUCUCUCUCUCUCUCCCUGUCUCUCUCUCUCUCACUCUGUCUCUCUCUCACUCUGUCCUCUCUCUGUCACUGUCUGUCUGUCUCUCUCUCAGGACAUAUCCAGGGUCUGGAGGAGGAGGUAAAGCAGGUGAAGUGUUCUCUCUCUGAAAUUCAGACCGAGAAGAGGCAGCUGCAGCAGAGACUCACUGACAAGGAGAAGGUAAGAGGCCUGGGUGGUGAUCAUUAGACACCAAAUGGAAGAAAACGGACUGAUGCGAGUGAAAUAUUUCAAAAUGUUUAAAAAAUGUGCCAUGAUGAACACAACCCUCCACUCCACUCGUAAGACCUAAUGAAGCCCGAGAUAGCACUCGGGAUCCAUUAGAUUUCCCCAAGCCCAAAUCGACCUCUAGCCCCUACCCCCUUCUUGGGGAGAUCUGAGAGGAUUGAAUAGGUGUGAGCAACAUGAAAAAUAUUUUCCUAUCAGAGAGUGAGAUAGAUCUUCUAUUGAUUUAAACCUAUUAGAGCUAAUCAUCUCAAGUCCUCUCAGGUCUCUCACAGGGGCGGAUGUCCCCUCUUGAUCCUGUGGAUGUACACAUAUUACAGCCACAAACAAACAAACACACAGCUGACCUUUGACCUCUGGUUGGGCCCAUUAGGAGAAGAGCAACCAGGAGAUUGACCUGACGUUCAAGCUCAAGUCGUUGCAGCAGAGUUUUGACAUAGAGGAGGCCGAGCACAAGGCCACCAAGACACGCCUUGCUGACAAGAACCAGAUCUAUAAGUCCAUUGAGGAGGCCAAGUCUGAGGCCCUGAAAGGUGAGAGGAAGAGAGGGGGGAAGACAAAGGAGAGGUGAUUGGGGAUGGAUAGAUGGAUAGAAAUGGAGCAUAUUAGAGAGAAAUGGAUGUGAAAAAAGAGAGUUCAAGAAACUACUCAGUCAAUAAUGACAAUUUGGAUAAAGAUGUUGGCUAAAUCACCAUAUUAUACAAUUGUCUAUUAUUAUAAUAGUUAUCGUAACAUUGUCUCCAUCUUGUGUUUGUCAGGGAUGGAGCGGACGCUGCAGGAGGAGCGGAGCUCCAAGCUGCAGUUGGAGUCCAGACUGCUGCAUCUGGAGAAGGAGCACUCCAUGCUGGACUGUGACUACAAGCAGGCCCAGAACAAACUGGAUGAGCUGAACACGCACAAGGACAAACUCGCUGAGGAGGUGUGUGUUGGGGGUUGUGUGUGUGUGUGUCUGGGCAAGCCUGUGCGUGUCUGUACAUGCCUUGUGUGUCUGUGUGUGUGUUGGGGGUUGUGUGUGUGAGAGAGAGUGUGUAGAGAUGUGCGUCUAUUUUGUGUUUGGUGUUUAAGUGAAGACUUCUCUCUGUUUAACAGCUGCCAACAUACAGGGACCUGCAAAAAUAAAGGAAACGCCAACAUAAAGUGUCUUAAUAGGGCGUUGGGCCAGAAAAGCUUAAAUGCACCUUGGCAUAGAUGCUACAAGUGACUGGAACUCUAUUGGAGGGAUGCUCCAUUCUUCCAUGAAAUUCCACCAUUUGGAGUUUUGUUGAUGGUGGUGGAAAACGCUGUCUCAGGCGUCGCUCCAGAAUCUCCAACAAGUGUUCAAUUGGGUUGAGAUCUGGUGACUGAGAUGGCCAUGGCAUAUGGUUUGCAUCGUUUUCAUGCUCAUCAAACCAUUCAGUGACCACUCGUGCCCUGUGGAUGGGGCCAUUGUCAUCCUAUGGGGGCAUAGCCAUGGUAGCCAAAAUAAUGGCCUGUCCAGCAUUUUUAUACAUGACCCUAAGCAUGAUGGGAUGUUAAUUGCUUAAUUAACUCAGGAUCCACACCUGUGUGGAAGCACCUGCUUUCAAUAUACUUUGUAUCCCUCAUUAAAUUAUUUUGUCAGUUACCUUCAGGUCUGACUAACAUUACCAUCUUGCUCCUUCUCUCUCCUCUCUCUCUGUCCUCUCUCUCUCUCUCUCUCUCUCUCUCUCUCUCUCUCUGUCUCUCUCUCUGUCUCUCUCUCUGUCUCUCUCUCUGUCUCUGUCUCUCUCUCUCUGUCCCUCUCUCUCUCUCUCUUGUCUCUCUGUCUCUCUCUGUCUCUGUCUCUGUCUCUCUCUCUCUGUCUGUCUCUCUCUGUCUCUGUCUCUCUCUCUGUCUCUCUCUCUCUCGCUGUCUCUGUCUCUGUCUCUCUCUCUCUCUCUCUCUGUCUCUCUCUCUCUCUCUCUCUCUGUCUCUGUCUCUCUCUCUGUGUGUCUCUCUCUCUCUGUCUCUGUCUCUCUCUCUCUCUCUCUCUCUCUCUGUGUGUCUCUCUCCUCUCUCUCUCUGUGUCUCUCUCUCUCUCUCUCUCUCUCUCUCUCUCCCCCCCCCCCCUUCCUUCCGCCUCUAGGUGAAGAACCUGAGCCUGGGCAUGGAGCAGGAGGAGCUGAAGCGCAGGCUGAGCCAGAAUGA